ACCCUCGACCCCCUGCGCCGCACCCUGGGGCUUCUGCGCCGCCGAUUCCGCUGCCUGGCGGGCGGGGGGCUGCAAUACAGCCCCCCCAAGGUCUGCCAGAUCUUCCUGGCUUGCUGCAUCCUACACAACAUCGCCCUGCGCCGCCGCGUCCCCCUCGAGCCCCCCGAAGGGCUCCCGCCCGCCCCCGGCCACCCUGAGCCCCCCCCGCAGCCACCGCCGCCCCUCGGGCCGGGGUCCCGCGAGGGACGUGCGGUGAGGGCGAGGGUGGUGCAGCAGGGCCCAUUCCAGAGCCCGCGUCGUUGCCAUGGCGACAGAACUCCGGAAGUUGCCCUACCCCCAAACUCUUCCCUCGGAACAUCCGGUCCCUCACCAGAACGGGACCGUCGCUCCGCAGUGACGCAGCAGCAGUUCCGGGGUCAGAGUCUGCGGCCAUGGCGUCGCCGGACGCCGCCGGGAGCAGCUGCCGGCUGGAGUUCGCGGUGCAGAUGAACUGCCACGGCUGUGCCGAUGCCGUGCGGGCAGCGCUGGACGCGGCUCCCGACGUGAAGCUGCUGGAGCUGCGGCCCCAGGAGCAGUCGGUGCUGGUGGAGACCACGGCAGCGGCCGAGCGAGUGCGGGAGCUGCUGGAGAAUUCGGGGUGCAGGGCCGUGCUCAAGGGCAUGGGGGGCUCCUCCGAAGCUCCCCCCGGGGGGGCGGCGGUGGCGGCACUGGGGGGUCCCGGGGGGGUUCGGGGGCUGGUCCGGUUCCUGCAGCUCUCGCCCAGCCGCUGCCUCGUGGACGGGGCCGUGUCCGGGCUCCCCCCCGGCCCCCACGGGCUCCACAUCCACGAAUUUGGGGACCUCUCGGACCCCUGUAACAGCUGCGGAGGCCACUUCAACCCUGAUGGGGAGAACCACGGGGGACCCCAGGACCAGCACAGGCACGCCGGGGACCUGGGGAACAUCUGGGCAGACACCGAGGGCCGAGCGCGAUUCCGAAUUGAGGACAUGCGGCUGAAGGUCUGGGACAUCAUCGGCCGCUCCGUGGUGGUGGCAGAGGGCGAGGACGAUCUGGGCCGGGGGUCCCACCCGCUGUCCCGAGUCACCGGCAACUCGGGACCGGGGCUGGCCUGUGGCGUGGUGGCUCGUGCAGCCGGGCUCUUCCAGAACCCCAAACGGGUCUGUUCCUGCGAUGGCGUCACCCUCUGGGAGGAACGCGACCGCAGCCAUGGGACCCCCCCGGGGACCCCCGCCAUGGAGACCCCCAGCCCUCACCUCUAGGAGCCUCCCGGGACUGAAUAAACGCCCCUCGUUCUGCA